UUCUCGAAAUCCUUCCCUCUCUUUCUUAACAAGAUCUUUUGGCUUUUUAUUAAUUUGCAAAGAAUCCUCCUCCCACCUCUCGGCUACUUACCAGCCGCCCCACGAUUCUCUCUCUCUCUUUCUCUUUGCCUUUCUCUUUUUUUUCUGAAGCUUCAACAUUGAAUCCUACGCCAUCUUGGAUCGUACAUUAACGUGUCGGUGGCAGGUCAAAAGCCAUAAAGACCUGCUUAGAAGAUCUGGUUGAAACAGUUAGAUCUUUGGAAUCCCUGUGGUUUUUCUGAAUCUGGGUCUUGUCUGAUUUCUAAUGGGUUGGAGGUAUAAGGCUGGCUUGUUCUUGAUUGGUACGGUUGUUGUUAUAUGGGUGACCUCUGCAGAAGUAACCCAGGAUAUCUUUACUGACUAUAAGCAGCCAUUUGCGGUUACAUAUCUUGGAGCUUCGCUUAUGGUAAUUUACCUUCCAAUAGCGUUUAUUAAGGAUUGGCUAUGUAACUUGCUAAGACGUCGUUCUUCGAAAACUGUUAAAGAGGUAGAAAGUAUAGAUGUCUCAUCUAUUGAGCUUGGUUCUCCUCUAAGGCACAAAAUAUAUGAAAUGGAACCUCAAGUGACUUUGGCUAGGAAAGACAGUGACGCAGAUCUUUCACCUCACAUAGAGGGAAGGCCAUUGGUUCCCAAAAACAAAGAUGAAGUGCACUUUCUGAAACAAGACAAAGAGCUUACCACGAGGGAGAUUGCUACCUUUGGAUUUUAUAUUGCUCCUAUCUGGUUUGUAACAGAGUAUUUAUCAAAUGCUGCUCUUGCACGUACAAGUGUGGCAAGUACAACGGUGCUGUCCUCAACUUCAGGACUUUUUACUCUUUUUAUUGGUGCUUUUCUGGGCCAAGAUUCAUUAAAUGUAGCAAAGGUUGUUGCAGUCUUUGUCAGCAUGGCUGGUGUUGCGAUGACCACUCUGGGAAAAACUUGGGCUGCUGAUGAUUCAAUAGGUUCUUCAUCCAAUGGGAAACGCUCUCUUGUUGGUGAUCUUUUUGGCCUCCUCUCAGCCAUGUCAUAUGGGCUAUUUACAGUGCUGCUUAAAAAGUUUGCAGGUGAGGAAGGAGAAAGGGUUGAUGUUCAAAAGUUAUUUGGAUACAUAGGACUGUUUACACUUGUAGCGCUAUGGUGGCUUGUUUGGCCAUUGACAGCCUUGGGAAUAGAACCCAAAUUCACAAUUCCACACUCUGCUAAAUUGGAUGAAGUAGUCCUCGCAAAUGGCUUCGUUGGAAGUGUCCUCUCCGAUUAUUUUUGGGCAUUAUGUGUUGUAUGGACAACUCCUCUGGUAGCCACAUUGGGCAUGUCACUUACCAUCCCUCUUGCAAUGGUGGCUGACAUGGUCAUUCAUGGCCGUCACUACUCUGCAAUUUACAUUCUGGGCUCAGCUCAGGUGUUUGGUGGAUUUGUAAUAGCUAAUUGUUCAGACUGGUUCUCAAGAAAGCUGGGAUUGUAGCAUUUGUGGGAAUCAUAUUAGCUUAAUUAGAUCAUCUUCAUUCUUUGUCAGGAGCCAUUAUCUCCACCAUAUUUGUUGUAUAAACUUCCUUCAAGGUAUCGUUUGUUGGGGGAAAAGGAUGAAAGCAAUGUUCUACCAUAAUCAAUCUUGUAAAUGGAAAUUCUUGUCUUUUCUUUUGUAUUUUUUGUUUUGUUUUUGUUUUUUUUUUUUGCCUAGCUUGUUGAGGAAAAAGAAGAAAUCCUCAUUGUGUCUUGAUUCAUGGUUUGUUUUGGCAUUGAGCCUUUAAUUGUAAGAUAUUCUCUUUAAUCAAAAGAUUUAUUUUUUGUCUC